AUAUCUUCCUAAAUCAAACUGAAGAAAUGACAUGUGCUCAGGCCUGUCUACCGUAGGUUCAACAUGAGUAGGUGUGUUAGACUGCCUCACACGUUCCGUCUUCGUGUUAAGGAUCUGGGCAGAUUACCCAAUAAUGCCGUAAAUUAGGCCACGACCACUUCCUCCGAUACCCUUUCCAGUUCGGUAUUUAGUAAUCACCCUACCAUCCGACAAUGGCACUGUCCUUAAAUGAACAAGCAAACUGUAUGGAGCUGAGUCUUUCUUGGGAAUCUUGCAGUUGCUCAGAUGCUCAGCAAAUUCCCAGAAAUUCAUGGAACAAAAAGGUUCAUAGCCGUUCUUAUCUUGUGCCAGAUUAAUCCGGUCCACGCCCUCUCAGUCUAGUUCCAUAAUAUAAAUAUUAAUAUUAUCCCAUAUACGCUUAGAUCUUCUUAGUGUUCCCUUUCCAUCAGGUUUUCCUACCAAAACUCUGUGCGCACUUCCUUCUCAUGCAUCAACAGCUCUUUAUGACUUCUUACUUGCUUACUCUUCGAUCCUGAAGAUGAAGGCGACACACUCCUCCGAAACGUCGAGCUCUCUGAACUACACAGCAGUUACAACCGAGAAACCCGAACCAUUCAAUUUGACUUCCAAACUUCAAGUUAGUCAAGUUGUUUCUGUUACACCUCAGAAUGUUGCACAACUGCUUGCCGCACGGGGAAGAGCCGGUGCGAGGCAACAUGCGCACUAAGGCCACUCUAGCACUGACAGGCACGCAAUAAAUAGAGCCGCUGCUGGUAGUACCGCCACUGUUCGGACACAACUCUCUUCCCCAUGCAGUCGUUGGUGCUGACUGCCGUCGUUCUGCUGCUCGGCCGCGUCGCGGCGUCCACCGCCGAGGAAAUACCCGACUUCCUGAAAGUGUGCCGGCGGUCCGACCCCAAACUUAACGAGUGUGUGAUGUCUUCCGUGGAGGGACUUAGAUCACACCUCGCCACAGGAAUCCCCGAGUUUGGAAUCCCAUCCUGCGAGCCCCUGCAGAUCAAGCAGCUGGUGUUCAACCAAGGACACGGAGCUGUGACGCUCACCUCCACCUACACAGACAUCAAAGUAUAUGGUCCCACCGAGUUUCGACUUGACACCGUCAGGAUUGACUUGGACAAGAAGAGUGUGCGCAUAAAGCUCUGGCUGCCCCAUCUGCGCAUGACCAGUCACUACAAAAUAGACGGCCGUGUUCUAAUUAUGCCUAUCAGUGGAAGAGGUUACAACGAGGGAAAUUACACCGACAUUGACGCCACCUGCUCGGUGCAGGGGGAACACAUCACCAUAGGCGGUAACACGCACUACAGCGUCAAGAGUUUCGACGUCAAAUUCUCCGUCGGCGACGCCCGGCUGUACUUGGGAGACCUGUUUAACGGCGACAGAGAGCUGGGCGAUGCCAUGAACCUCUUCCUGAACGAGAACUGGAAAAACAUAGCGACGGAGCUACAACCGCUGCUCGAGGUCAAGAUAGGCCAACUCUUCAAGGAAUUCUCGAACAAAAUCUACCACAAGUUCACGUUGGAGCAGCUGCUCCCACCGUAAUUAAACCGUACUGACAUCUGCAGGUAGUCUGGGCUGUACGUCAACGUUCGCAAUAACAUGCUGCUUCCUUCUUCAGGACUGAAGUGAAGAUGCGGUACACUGCAACCUAUAUGCAUAACGUAACUGCAUCAUUACUCUAAUAAUUUCUAUUCUGAAGAUGGAGGCAGAAUGUAUCUGCGAAACGUUACUAUCCACCUAUAAGACCACAUGUUUCCAUAACCCAAAGGUAGUGAACAUUGAGAACAAUCAGUGUCAUGAAGAUUUCGAAAUGUACGAGUGUACACCAUAACACAAUAAAGCAAAAGGAAAAGUU